AUCUAGACCGUGUGCCCGUGAACCAAGUUUGCAAGUCCGAGGGCCUCAGUGGCUUUGCACUUUUGUUCACGAAUCUCUUCGGACCAGCCAUUGUUUCACAGUUUUGUGGUUGAAGCAAAGACCGUGGACUAGACAAGAGAAGCAGAAAGGAAGAGAGACGAAUGAAUUUCAAAAUGCAAACCAUGUAGGUGAGAGAGAGAGAGAGACAGGGACAGAAGAUGCAAACCUCCUAUUCAAUGACGAAAGAAGGUUGUGAGGUUGAAGCAAUAGGCAUUCACUACAAGAUCAGCACACAGAAAAACCAGCAUUACUUAACGAAACUUUUUAGGAACACUCCACAACUGAAUGAGGAAGAAGAUGUUCAAACUCAGAAACCAGAAGAGGAAGCAAAAAAAGAAGCACAAACUUGCGGUGGAGUGAGGCAUGUACUCAAGGAUGUGAACUUGCAAGCCAAGCCGCGGGAAAUGCUGGCCAUAGUUGGGCCAAGUGGAGCUGGAAAAUCAUCCCUGCUUGAGGUUCUUGCUGGUAAAGUAACUCCACAAAGUGGGUCUGUCUUAGUGAACCAGAAGCCUGCAGAUAAAGCUCAGUUCAGGAAGAUUUCAGGUUAUGUUACCCAAAAGGAUACUCUGUUCCCCUUACUUACGGUUGAAGAAACUUUGAUGUUCAGUGCCAAGUUGAGGCUAAAGCUUUCUCAAGAACAACUCUUCUCCCAGGUCAAGUCUCUGAUUCAUGAACUAGGACUUGGCCAUGUUUCUGGGACUCGGAUUGGAGAUGAAAACCGUGGGAUAUCUGGUGGCGAGAGGCGGCGGGUUUCUAUAGGGGUUGAAGUCGUACACGAUCCGAAGGUUCUGAUUCUGGAUGAACCCACUUCUGGGCUUGAUAGUACUUCUGCACUGCAAAUCAUUGAUAUGCUUAAGGUGAUGGCUGACUCAUGGGGACGAACUAUCAUCCUUAGUAUCCAUCAGCCUGGGUUCAGAAUAGUGAACUUGUUUAAUUCUAUAUUAUUGUUAGCCGGUGGCUCUGUCCUACACCACGGCAAUGCGGAGUUGCUGAGUGUGAAUAUGAGAUUAAUGGGUCUAGAUCCUCCUCUUCACGUUAAUGUAGUUGAAUUUGCCAUUGAAUCCAUAGAAACGAUUCGACAACACCAAAAAUGCAAACUAGUUCAGCAUGAAACGCCCCUGCAUUUGCCAGUAACCGAGCAACAAAAGAAAUCUCAAGAUGAAGAUGACAAUAAAAGUGGUAGGUUUACCCUGCAACAGCUUUUUCAACAAUCCAGUGUUAUUGAUAAGCAAAUCAUCAAUACGGGAACUGAAUUCACUUGUGAUUAUGCCAAUGCUAGAAUGAGAGAAACUAUCAUUCUCACUCACAGGUUCUCCAAGAAUAUCUUUCGUACAAAGGAGCUCUUUGCAUUUAGGACGAUUCAGAUGCUCAUGUCCGGGCUCAUACUGGGAUCCAUCUUUUGUAAUCUUAAGGAUGAUCUAGUGGGAGCUGUAGAAACGGUUGGUCUUUUUGCUUUCAUACUAACAUUUUUGUUAACAAGCACAAUAGAGGCUCUACCAAUUUUUCUGCAAGAAAGGGAGAUUCUAAUGAGGGAAACCUCAUGUGGUAGCUACAGAGUAUCAUCUUAUGCUAUUGCCAAUGGUGUUGUUUACUUGCCAUUUCUGCUCAUCCUAGCCAUUCUAUUCACUGUACCCUUAUACUGGCUUGUGGGGCUGAACAGGAAUUUCACAGCAUUUUUGUACUUCUUGUUGGUAAUUUGGUUAAUUCUUUACACGGCGAAUUCAGUUGUGGUAUGUUUCAGUACUCUGGUGCCUAAUUUUAUUGUUGGGAACUCAGUCAUCAGUGGCGUCAUAGGAUCAUUCUUUUUGUUCUCAGGUUACUUCAUAUCGAAGAACGAGAUCCCAAGUUGCUGGAUUUUCAUGCACUAUAUAUCUCUGUUUAAGUAUCCCUUCGAAGGAUUUCUGAUCAAUGAGUUCUCCAACUCAAAAAAGUGCUUGGGGUACAUGUUUGGAUCAUGUAUGGUGACUGGAACGAGUGUGCUUAAAGAAGAAGGAUAUGGUGAGGAAGAUAGUAGAUGGAAGAACGUGGGGGUCAUGGUAUGCUUUAUCGUGUUCUACAGGUUUAUUUCUUAUGUAAUUCUUAGAUAUAGAUGCUCAAGAAGGGACAUUAAGAGCUUCAUCAUCUGAAGAUGGCGACUCAAGAGAAUUCACACGUCCUAGAUUCUAUUCAAAUUUCAGACAUCAGAAUUCGGACAGCGACCAAACAAGAUAUAUCAAUCACUCACACACACACACACACACACACACACACACACACACAAACACAAAAACACAACACUAGAGUGUACUCCACGUGUAGUAUAUUAAAUUGAUGAUUAAUAUUGACAGCAGGCUCAGCCAGUACCAACAGAUCGCACUAAUAUGAUGUUAAUUUCUGUAUAGAUUAUUUUUUACGGUAA